GUCAUUUUUCCGGCUGAGUUCAUACUUUUCUUCACAAGCGGCGUGAAUACUCAGCGGCAGUACUCUUCUUCGUCUGCCUCUAUCAUCACUACCCCUCUUACGGACGGACGAACAUUCAUCAGGUCCACUGAACAAACGGAAUCUCUAUCUUCAACGAACUACUUAAAAUGGUGGAGAAUGAUUGUGGUACUACCGUUCAUUUGGAGGAGGAUGUGGAAGGACCCAGAAUAGUAUUUGGAGACUACUACUUCGUAGAAAUUGGGGAAUCUGUUCCUAUCAGAUUUGGGGACGGCCCUGAGUUCGAUAACCAGACGGCUCCAUAUCAACCUUUAGUUGUUUCCGAGCAACUGGGUCUCCUUUUUGUCGCCCAUUCCUCUGGAUUUUGUGUUGCGAAAACUAAGGAUGUUGUGGAAUCAGCCAAGGAGAGGUCUGAUAAAGGGAGUGGCUCAUCCAUACAGGAUUUGAGUAUUGUGGAUGUGAACAUUGGGAAGGUGCACAUAUUAGCUUUGUCAGCUGAUUCUUCUAAUCUUGCUGCCUGCGUUGGUGGUGAAGUUCAUUUAUUUUCAGUUAGCUCUCUACUCGACAAGGUGCAAAAACCACUUCUCUCUUUGUCGCUUGACGAUUCAAGCUGCAUCAAGAACAUGCGAUGGACUAAGAAACUGGAGCAUUCCUACAUUAUUCUUACCAAUAACGGGAAGCUGUACCAUGGGGUUGGUUUGAACCCACUUAAGCAUGUGAUGGAUGAUGUUGAUGCUGUUGAAUGGAGCACAAAAGGAAAUUUCAUUGCUGUGGCAAGGAAGGAUAAGCUUUGUAUCUUGACAUCAACAUUCAAGGCUAAGUUUAAUAUGUCACUAUCAUUCAAAUCAUGGAUUGGUGAUCUGGAUACAAGCUGCAUCAUAAAAGUGGAUUCUAUCAGUUGGGUUCGUCCAGAUUGUAUAGUUCUAGGAUGCUUUCAACUUGGUCAGGAUGGCAGUGAGGAAAAUUAUCUGAUCCAAGUCAUCAACAGUAAAACUGGAAGAAUUACAGAUACCUCUUUGAAGCCAACUGCAUUUUCCUUCAGUGAUGUCUUUGAAGUUAUCAUUGAAGAUAUACUCCCUUGUGGAAGUGGACCAUAUAUGCACUUCGCUUACUUAGAUCAAUGGGAGCUAGCACUUACUGCUAAUCGCAAGAAUACAGAUCAUCAUGUUGUUUUAUUGGGGUGGUCUCAAGAUAAUGAGACGAUGGAACCUGCAGUAAUCGACAUUCCAAGAGAGACCAUGGUUCCGAAGAUUGAGUAUCAAGAAAACGACGAUGAGAAUAUGGUAUUGGGUCUGUGUGUGGACAGGGUUUCCCAUGAUGAGAAAAUUGAGGUAAAGAUUGGAGACGAAUAUAAGGAAAUUUCACCUGAAUGCAUCCUUAUGUGUCUUUCAUCAGAGGGAAAGCUUGUUAUGUACAAUGUGGCAAGUGUCUCGGGAGCUUCACAUCGGCACAAGGUUGUGUUUGAUGAGGAAGAGGACAAUAGUACAUCAAUUAACCACGAAGAUGAAAAAACUAUGCUAGAAGUAGAUGUGAAUUCUCAAUCCCAAGGAAUACAUAUUAAAGGUGUUUAUUCUGAGGGAGGCAGUGAAAUUCCUACUAUGGUGAAUGAUCAGACAUCUUUGAAGAAGAUUGGUGCUGGGGAAUCAGCAGAUGAAACCUCUUUACUGCAGGAGGUUUCCCUAAAAAUGCAGCAAGAUGAGAAUGUUAAGUUGUUGCACCCUAGUAGUCAGCAAACUGUAAAACUAGAACCAGCAUCUGUUAAGAGUUUCGGUGUACAGGGUUCUCGACCAUUUUUUGGAAAUGAAAGCAAGAAAGAUUAUCAAACAACCCCUGAUUUUAAAACUCCAAUUAAGUUACAGCAAGAAGCCCCUGCUAAACAGUUAUAUCCUAGUGCGCAGCCAACUGUAGAAUCAUCUUCUGUGCAGACUUCUGGUGCGAAGGGGCCUCAAUCUUUGUUUGGAGAUUAUAAUAGGACAGGGGCUCAAAAGUCACCUGGUUUUGGAUCCAACCCUGAUAUUUUGAUUGGAAAACCUGUUAUUGCUUUGCAAAACCAAGCUGUUCAGAAAAGACCGGAAAUUGAAUCUAACUUUGGUAUAUCGUUUAGUGGAUCAAAUAUUGCUCCUUCACUGCCUUCAGCAUCUCCACAUCCCAUUUUUCCAAAUUCAUUUGCCAAUGUACCUUCUAGUUCUGUUCCCAGCACGCGAUCUGAAAAUUCUGGUAUGAGUUUGAGCAGGGCACAUCUAUCUGGAGGAGGAACUGCACACUUGCAGACAAAAGUUGCUUCUGGAAAAGUUGAGAUGGUACCUGCCAUGCGUAACUCAAGAUUAUUACCUGAAGACAAUUUAGCAUUGGGAAAUAUUCCAAAGGACAAGUACCACUCUAGCAAAGAUAAUCAGGGCACCACAUUUCCAUCAAGGAAGUUGAAUGCUGAGCCAAACCUAUCCAAAAAGUUCAGCAAUGUCGACGAUAUGGUAAAAGAACUGGAUUCCCUUCUAGACUGUAUAGAAGGAUCAGGUGGUUUCUUGGAUUCCUGCACUGCACUUGAGACAAGCAUAAUUGCAGAUCUAGAAAAAGGACUACAAACGCUUUCUAACCGAGUCUCACAGUGGAAGAGUACGAUGGAUGAUCAGGAGGGGAAGAUUGAAGUUCUGCUUGAUGACACAGUUAGAGUUUUAUCAAGGAAAACUUAUAUGGAAGGCAUUAUUAAGCAAGCUGCAGAUGCACAAUAUUGGGACAUUUGGAACCGCCAAAAGUUGAGUUCUGAGCUACAGCUAAAACGGAGUAAAAUCCAGAAAGUGAAUGAGGAUUUGACAAUUAAACUUGUAGAAUUGGAAAGGCAUUUUAACACUCUUGAGCUAGAAAGAUUUGGUGAUAGAAGUGGCCGUCAAGUUAGUCAGAGAGAUUCUCCCAGCAGAAAUGUUCAAUCCUUACACAGUGCAUUAAACACUAUGAGCUUACAACUGGCAGCUGCAGAGCAGCUCUCUGAAUGCCUCUCUAAACAGAUGACUACGUUGCGUAUAGAAUCACCUCCUCCAAAAUGUCAGAAUGUGAAAAAGGAGUUGUUUGAAUCCAUUGGGAUUUCUUGCAACAAUGCCUCUUUCAGUUCUCCAGAUGGGAAAGCUGGUGUUACUCCACUGAACAGUAGACUAUCACUGCUUUCAUCAUCUGUUACUCGUAAGAAUGACUCCAGCCAUUCAAGUGCUAUGAGAUCUUCUGAUCCCGAGACUGCAAGGAGGAGACGAGAUUCACUGGAUCAAAGUUGGAGUAGCUUUGAGCCUCCAAGAACAACAGUCAAACGGAUGGUUUUGCAUGAUGACAACCAGAAGGGGACAGCAGAUAGAUUAUCAUUAUUGAUGCAUGAGCCACACAAGUCAUCAAGACUUGGUCGUUCAGAGCAACGAAGAACCACCCCAGCCUCUCCAAAUCAAUUUCAGUCAGCUGCACCAAGCUUAUUACAGUAUAAGGAGUUGCGGCAUGCAUCAGAAUCUCUUGAACCAUCUCCUAAAAUGAGAGUGCCUUCUAAUAUUGACUCUUCUGCAAGUGCUCCUCUAUCAACUCCCCAAUCUGAAGCUUUUGCCAUCAAUCGAAGACCUGGAAGAUCUGGUUUCUUUCUGACUCCAGACAAGUCAAACUCCCAAUUAACCUCUGUUGUUGGUCCUGAUUUAGUUUCAAUCAACAAGUCUAAUCAGGCACCCUCAUUUCCUCAGAGAUCAGAUGAACAGAAAUUUCAAAUGACCAGGAAAUUUGAUGAAAUAUUAGAAUCAAAUGAAGAAGCAACUUCUCUUGGUAAAUCUACAGUUGGUAGUGUGAAGCAAAACAGUUUUAUCACCCAAACCUCAUUAUCAGAAACUCGGAAGAAUAUGGAGUCUCCAUUUUCACAUUCAGUCAUUGCCAAUAAUGCUAUUCCAAGCCUGAAACCACAAAUUUCGCAGCCGAAUACCAUAUCCGCUAGCAAAAAUAAGGAUGAUGCUAGUGUGACAUCAUCAUCAUCAUCUCCACAAGUCCAUUCAUUAUUCUCUUCCUCAUCAGCUCCCUCGGCUUCUUCCCUAGGGCCAUCUUUCGGAAAAUUUCCGACUAUUUCUGGAGCCAGUUCAGGUGGUGCUCAAACAUCAUUGCUUUCACAGCCAUCGGUUACUUCCACUCCACUUGCAAAAACAGUGGGUGUAACCUCCCUCGUUUCUUCCAUCAACAUUCCAACUGAACCUCCUAAGGGAACAAGUCAAGAAAAAGACAACAAGAACUUGUUGAAAGAUUUGAUUCCACCAUCAAGCUCUUCCGCUCUGGUUCCACCAUCAAGCUCUUCCGCUCUGGUUCCACCAUCAAGAUCUUCCGCUCCGGUUCCACCAACAAGCUCUUCCGCUCCGGUUCCACCAACAAGCUCUUCCGCUCCGGUUCCACCAACAAGCUCUUCCGCUCUGGUUCCACCUAUCCAGAAACCUGAGCCUUCAAAGCCGAGUUUCAACAGCUUUUCGAUUCCUCAAUCUGUUUCUGCUGUUGAUUCUAAACCAGAACAGCCGCAAGCUAUAGCUUUCCAAUCUCCAGCAUUUUCCUUGAAAUCUGGGUUUGGUACUGAUGGAAAGAAUUUAAGUUCAGAAACUGCAGUCACCCAUGAAGACGAGAUGGAGGAGGAAGCUCCAGAGACAAAUCAAGCAAAUGAAAUGAAUUUGUCGAGUCUAAGUGGUUUUGGUUUUGGGCUUGGUUCUGGUUCUUCUCCCAACCUUGCUGCAUCAAAACCAAAUCCCUUUGGUGUUACACCUGGGUCUACUACUCCGACAAGCAGUCAAUUUACUAUGACAGUUCCUAGUGGAGAGCUGUUUCGACCUGCAUCAUUUAGCUUUCAAUCUCCACAGCCUUCUCAGCCAAUGGGCUUUGGUCAAUUUGGAUCUGGAGCCUCGCUGCAACCUUCGUCUGGUGGGGGAUUUGGCCAGUCGGCGCAAAUUGGAUCUGGCAUCUCACCACAACUGUCAUCUGGUGGGGGAUUUGGUCAGCCAUCACAAAUUGGAUCUGGUCAGCAAGCUUUGGGGUCGGUUCUCGGUUCUUUUGGGCAGUCGAGACAACUUGGUGGCUUACCUGGAGGAUCAAGUCCUGUUUCUGGUUUUGGUGGUGGUGGUGGGUUCGGCAGCGGUCCUUCAACCGCCACACCCACAGGUGGCUUUGGUGGUAUGGCUUCUGGUGGUGUUGGUGGCGGAUUUGCUAAUCUUGCUUCUUCUGGUGGUGGCGGAUUUGCUAACCUUGCUUCUUCUGGUGGUGGCGGAUUUGCUAACCUUGCUUCUUCUGGUGGUGGCGGAUUUGCUAAUCUUACUUCCGGUGGUGGUGGAUUUGCUAACAUUGCUUCUAGUGGUGGCGGUGGCGGCAACGGAUUUGCUAAUCUUGCUUCUUCUGGUGGUGGGGGCGGCGGAUUUGCAGGUGCUGGGGCAGGUGGAGGAUUUGGUGCUUUUGGCAACCCACAACAACAACCAAGCGCUGGUUUCUCUUCUUUUGGUAGCAACAAUGCUGCUGCAGGUGGUGGAGCUCCAUCUUCACUCUUCACCCAGAUCAGGAAAUAGUUUUUUAUUUAUUCACCAAUUGUAAUCAUCUAUCUUUACAUGAGACAGCUGCUACCUCUGUUUGUGUAUUAGAGAAAAACAUUUAUCUUUUGUUUCAAGAACUCACUUCAGUUGUUGUGUCAUCCUCCUUUUUCAAAUGAUUGCAUUACCAAUAGAUAUGUUAUGUUCCAUUAACUGA